AUGGGGUUCUUCCUCAGAUCCAAAAAGGUGAAAAAGGAGCCGCCUUCGCCGUCAUCUAAGAGCCGAGGACGAGCAUCCCCGCAACAAGCAUCACCAACCCCGACACCGGCCGUACCCGUGCCUCAAAACUGGCACCCCGGAAGCCCUGUACUACAGCCUGAGCCUUUCCGUCCUGCCGGCCUUCUGCCCCCGCCUCCUGGAUGGAACGGUGGACCACAACAACUCGCUCCUUAUGACCAACCCGGCUCAUACCCACCCAUCAUCGUCAAUCAACAUCACUAUUACCUCGGAACUCCACCACCGGGUGUACCACCGCCGCCAGCCGCUCAUGAUGGUCCGCCGCCCUCAUACGCCCCGCGCUCAUCAUUAAGCAAACUAAAUCUCGGGUCGGCCGCCGACCUAGCUAAGGGUAUCUGCCAGGGGACAGAGCAGGUAUUGGAAAGCGUGCUACCUACCUGCCACAGCUAUGGGAACCAAUUGGUAAACCAUGGUAAUGGACUAGUAGAGCAGGUGUCGAAUCGGAUCCAUCAGGGGACAGACCAGCUGCUCGAUGGCGUAAUACCAGGCUGGCACAGCCGCGGGGGACAAAUAGUGAGCCAAACCAGCUUUGUGGUGGAUGAGAUAUCACAACGGUUCGAUAAUGUCUUGACAAUGAUCGACCGAGGCGGGUACAACGGCAAGGAGCAGGAAAUAUACUCCUGGCAGCCACCGUCAGCCCCUGGGCAACUCAUCUCAUACGAACCGCCAGUUGCGGGCAAGGCAACAACCAAGUCAGCGUCCAAGUCAAGAAGGAAGAGCCACACCAAGGAUCAUCCCAAAGUCCAGGCCUCGGCGGCGACGGCAGCUGUCUCGGGUAGCUUCUUUGGAAAAGUGGAUAGCUAUGCGAACUCCAGGCUGCCCAUGAAUCUACCACCCCUCAAACUGUACAUUCCCACAUACCCCUUACUUUGCUUGGCAGCCCAGUAUUCCGAAAGAGUCUACGAGCCGCCCGCCGGGCGAGCGGAGCGUGAUGCUCACAUCGACGCCGACUGGCGAACGGGCACCAAGGCAAUGGUGAUCAAAUCAAUCCCUAUGGACUCCAUGAACACCAUUGUUUUUGCUAUCCGGGGGACGGCCACUUUCAUGGACUGGGCGGUAAACCUCGACAUGAAGCCCACGUCUCCCGAGGGGUUUUUAGACGAUCCCGGGAACCUCUGCCAUUCCGGCUUCCUCUCCGCCGCGCGCAAAAUGGUCGUGCCCGUCGCCCGACGCCUGCGCCAGCUCCUCGAAGAACACCCCUGGCGAGCCUCGUACUCACUCCUCAUCACCGGCCACAGCGCGGGUGGCGCCAUCGCUGCGCUGCUCUACAGCCACAUGAUUGCCACUUCGAAAGAGGCCGAAAGCGAGCUAAGGGUCGUCGCGGGCUGCUUCAAGCGCAUCCACUGCAUCACGUUUGGCACACCUCCUAUCAGCCUAGUCCCCCUGACCAAGCCCGACGACUACCACCGGUGUCCCCAGCUGCGCAAAAGCCUCUUUUUGAGUUUUGUUAACGAGGGCGAUCCGGUCACACGUGCCGAUAAGGCCUACGUCAAGAGCCUGCUCGAGCUAUUUGCUGCGCCAGCGCCACGUCUACCGAGUUCGUCACGCAGAUCCAUUUCUGACAGCGAUGGCAGCAAACCCCCAUCCGCUUCCUCCUUUUCAUCAUCCGUCUCUUCGAAACCAGGCAAAACCUCCUCCUCGACCAUCGUCACAACCACCUCUACCUCAUCAUCAUCAUCAUCAUCCUCUUCUUCCUCAUCCUCUAAGCCAACUUGGUCCAUCCCCGUAUCGACCCUCAGUUGUGCCGGCCGCCUCGUCGUCCUUCGAACCGGCGACCUCAAAGCCUCGCGCCUGCGGCGCAGCAGCGGCAAGAAAACAACGGUCGAGGAGCGCCUCCAAGAAGGGGUCGUUGCGCAGACAGUCACGGAUGAACAACUCCGGAGCGUGGUGUGGGGAGACCCCGUGGCGCAUAUGAUGAGGCUAUAUGCCGGGCGCAUUGAAGUGUUGGCCGUGGGCGCCGUCACGGGUAUGGGGUAUUGA